GUUAGCCAGUAUCCAGUAGCAGUGGUAGCGCAGAGAAACUCGUGCUCCGUCCACAUACCAAUGACAGGGACACUAAACUUACAAAUAUGCGCCUGGAUAUUGACUGAUAUUUGGCUGGCUAGUUUUUCCUAUCUUUAUCGCCAACGCUCUGUGAAGCUAUCUCUGAUCUGAAAGGCUCAGUAACCUAACUCUCGGAUAUGGAUCCUGAACGACUGAAAAGAAGAGAGGAGAUUCAGAAAGCAAUGAGUUUUAUCCAGUCAUCAUUGCCUUUUCCAGAGCCAGAGAGUUAUGAGACAUUUCUGACCCAGUUGGUGUGUAACUUGCUGGAUGAGGGCAAUUCUUGCUUUCGAGAUGGGGAUUGGCGCCAGGCGACCCAGCAGUAUGGGGAGGGAAUAAGUGUUGCCCGCUACGCCCAGGCUGAGGCUCUUGUCAUUCCUCAUGAGCUGCUGGAGAGCCUCUAUGUCAACAGGGCUGCUGCCUUCUACCAGAUGAGGGAGUAUGAUCGAGGUGUUCAGGACUGUGACAGUGCACUGUAUGUGUCAGAAGGCAGCCGCAGGGCUUUGUACCGGAAAGCACUUUGUCUGAGGGAGUUGGGACGACUCAGAGACGCGUAUGAGUGUGGAACCAAAUGUCUCCUCACAGCACCACACGACCGACAGGUGAGUGACCUGGCCCAGGAUCUAGCCAAUAAACUGGGCCUGAAGGGCCGUAAAGCUUACGUCAGCCCUCAGACAGAGUCCACAGCCAAUGAAGGGGAGAGUCAUGGGGAGACUUCCCCACCCACAGGAGAGAUGUCCUCCAACGGGCUGGAAUCUCUGGGUGACAUUGGACCAGCGGACAUAUCAAGUGCACAGUGCAUCCCAGCUCCUUUGGCCACGCCCAUCCCAGUCAGUGAUGAACCGGCACCCCCGUGCACCGAUUUGUCAGAGAGCCCCAGCAGCCAAGCCCUGCCUCCAAUGCCGUACUCUGUCCCGGUGUCUGAGCACAUGGACGAAUGCAGCGUCAUCAAGGAUGAGCUAGACAGUCUGCUGGAAUGCAUCCCCAAGAAAGUCAGUGAGAGUCCAGUCCAGGGUGCUAUACCCACCAACCUUCCCAACACUGCGGUUGCUCUCCGGCCUCCAUACUCCCCCAACCUUCCAGCCCCAUCACCCAAGCUUCCCCCAGCCUUCUUCAGCUCCCCCAUGAGUGACAUGUCCCCUCUGGAGUCUUACUCGCCGCUGGCCCAGCGGGACCAAGGCUCCACCCAGGCGCAGGACGCACUGGGAAGCUUCGCCACAGGGGCUACGGAUGGAGAAGGGAAAGCAGGAGUCGCCGCUGGUGGGCUGGACUCGUUGUCUGAGUACACUCUCCCAGGGGGACGAGUGUGUCCCAGCUUCAUCCCGGGAAUGCGCAACAACAGCGCUGCACAUGCAAAUGGUCCAGCAGGAACAAACCUGUCUCUGCUCUCCAGGAAUCCUCUGGCGGCCACGCAUGAGUUUCGGCAGGCCUGUCAUGCCUGUUACAGCCGAAUAGGUCCACAUGUGAUGGACUACAAGUAUCAGCCAGAGGCAGCACACCGCUGCAAACGAGAUGUUCUGCUAUGUCGCCUCAAAAACACAGAUGACCCCACCUGGAAGAGGAUCCGGCCCCGGCCUGCUCGGAACAACUUCCUGGGGGCAUUUGUACUCUGUAAAGAGGUGCAGGAGCGUCAGGAGUGUCAGUACGGGGAGAACUGUACGUUCGCCUACUGCCAGGAGGAGAUUGACGUGUGGACGCAAGAGAGGAAGGGUGCACUGAGCCGAGAGCUGCUGUUUGAUCCGCUGGGCAGCACAGAGCGACGGGCGCUCAGCGUCACCAGACUGCUGCAGCUCCACAUGGGCAUGUUCAUGUUCCUCUGUGAGGAAUGUUUUGACAGUAAGCCUCGCAUUAUUAGCAAACGCAGCAAAGAAAACUUAGCAGUCUGCUCAAACCUCACAGCUCGACACCCGUUCGACGAUAACAAGUGCCUGGUGCAUGUGGUGAGGUCAGCCAAUGUGCGCUACAGUAAGGUGCGUCCCCUGCACCCCCUCUGCCAGUUCGACGUAUGUCGCCAUGAGGUUCGCUACGGCUGCCAGCGAGAGGACAGCUGCUCUUUUGCGCACUCCGUCAUAGAGCUCAAAUGCUGGGUCCUACAGCAGGAUACUGGUAUCACCCAUGAGGAGAUGGUGCAGGAGUCCAAGAGACAUUGGCAACGGCUGGAGCAGAACGCACAGAAGCAGCAGAAGCCUAUCCAUAUCCCACAUCCGAGCAGCAGCGUACCUGCAGGAGGAGUAGGGGGAAUGGUGGGUGGGGGCGGAGGAAUGGGGGGAGACGGCCUAGGUGGAGGCGGUGUGAGCCCAGUGGGAGGCGUUGGGGUGGGCGGUCUGGGAGCAGUAGCGGGACGGGGACGACCCCUCAACCUGAAGAUGAAAUUUGUGUGCGGCCAGUGCUGGAGAGAAGGACAGGUCAACGAGCCCGACAAGAACCUCAAGUACUGCACAGCCAAAGCACGGCACAGCUGGACGAAGGAGCGUCGGGUUCUGCUGGUGAAAUCAUUUGAGAAGAAGAAGUGGGUUGUUGUUCGGCCUCUGCCUUUCUCCCGCACCUACCCACAGCAAUAUGAUAUGUGCGUGCAUGUGAUGAAGCAGAAGAAGUGCCACUAUAUUGGGAAUUGCUCGUUCGCUCACAGUCUGGAAGAGAGGGACGUCUGGACGUACAUGAAGAACAACAGCUUGAGAGACAUGCAGCAGAUGUAUGAACUGUGGCUGCAGCUCACCAAUCAGAGUAGACGCACAGACAGCUCUGCUGUGACCCCGCCCCCAGAGGACAAGCAGGUCACCAUAACAGCAGAUUACACAGAAAGCAUGGGAGGCCGGCGGUUGUCAGACGGGGACGACCUCUGA